GCGUUCUAAAUCUGUAGGCCUGUUUGACUGUUAUCAAGACCUAGCAACUAUUGACUGUGUUUUGACUGGGAAGGCACGCUUCUUGCCUGUCCCAAUUCAGAUUAGUGGGCCUUUCUGUGGCUUUUCUCGAUUUCGACUUCGAUUUUUCGUUCUACAACUCCUGGAGCCCAGGCUCAUUCUUCCUCCCAUUACUUUUCCACCCAUUUCCUUGACGACAGUUUGCAUCUAUCGGCGCGAAAGGCACGCUUUUCUCUAGCUACCUCUGGGUCAGCAUACAAAUUUUCACCCGGGGAGGCACUUGUACUAUUUAUUUUUUUGAGCACUCUCAAGCCUACUUCGCCUUCCAUUUUAUUGCAACUCCUCCUUUUCGCCGAUCCGUUCGCUUUCCCGGUUCUCGUUUCCCGUUUCCCGCCUCUCGUUUGUUCUACGCCUUCUAUAACUAGAUUUUUCUAUCCCAUUCAAUUUAUUCAUUCUGAUGCCUCUGUCCACUUCGCCUACAACUGCGCCUCUAUCGACUCGCAUCAAGAUGGAGGACCGUAAGCGUCCUGCUAUGAGCAGCGCUGAUGACAUGGCCCCUCCUAGCAAACGACAGGCCGUUAACGGCAGUGGUAAAUCUAAAGAUGAUACCGACGCGAAGGAUGAAGCCUGGAUCGAGGACUAUCAAAAAGAUGCUAUCUACCGACAGAUGCUCGAGUAUAAGCGCGAAAAGAAUACCCUUGAGACUCAGCUGGGCGAGGUCAAGAAGCGAUCAGCACACCAUGACGACCACAUCCGAAUUGUCGACAACUGGUGGAUACAGUUACUCCAGGAGAUAGAGUUGCUAGUUGAAGGAAACGUGCCUUUCCAACAAGGAUCUGAUAGCCAACCGUUUCCUACACAUACCCAAUUCAAAGAUCUGGAAGAGUUCGAGUCGCACUUAAGCGAGAAGACUUCAACUAUCAAGAAGAUGGUUGAGGCGAUACUUGGCCGUCUUAAUGGGACUCGUGGCAAGGUAGUUCCUGACAUCACAGACCUCGAGAAGAAGCUCAAUGCGCUCCUAUCCCAGCAGAAAGAGUUUCUCGUUAAACUCGAUCGUCUCUCCGCCGACAAAGAAAGCCUUUCUGAGCAACUGAACAUCGCGACACUCCGAUAUAUGAAGGCGGAGAGAAGGCUCGACCGGGCUAAAAGUGCCCAGGUACAGAAGCUUGAGCAGCAGGCAUUAAAUCAUGUGUCAACUCGACCCGUGGGUGUGGACCAAGAGAAUGGUGUGUCUUCCGAUGAGAGUAGUACGAACAGCGAGGCAUUGCAGUUAGCCCUCCGCGAAGCCAAAGCUGUUGCAGAGCGGCAAAAGGAGCAGCUAGAGUCCGCGUUGGCUCAAAAUAAGAGCCUGCAAGAAGAGCUUACUUCUGUACAGACCCGGCUAACGAACUUAACCGAUGAGGACUACUCUCGCACCGAAGUCUUCAAGGUGUUCAAGAGCCAAAUGGAAGAUCUUCUCCGCAAGGUUAACAGUUUGGAAGCAGAUAACAAGAGUCUCAGAGCGGCGGCCGAAAAAUUGGAAGCCGAGCGCGAGUCUAGCCGCCGAAAGGUCGAGAGCGAAGCGCAGGCACUAAUUGCAGAACUCGAGGAUCAGCUUCAGCAAGCAGACACCACCCUCGCACGAGUGAGAUCUGCGCGAGACGAGCUUCACGCGGACGUUACGAUGCUCAGGGCGAGUAAGGAGCAAGAUAGAACGGCCUUGGAGCAUAUGAAGGAACUUGUUAGUGCUGAAGAGGACCGAAUUGCCACCCUCGAGUCGGAAUUGCAAAGACUACAACCUAGCGAGGACGUAGACAUGACACAACGGCCGGAAAUAGACGCGCUCUCACCCGAGGAACUACGAGAGAAGUACAAGAAGCUAUUGAAGGACUAUAAUUCGAUCGAGAGCGAGUUACCAGGCAUGACGCACGCAGUUAAAAAGUUCCAGGCUCUUGCUCAUAAAAAGGUUAUGGAUCAAGCGGCUAUGGAAGAGCGGGUAGCUUUGGCUAUCGCUGAGAAGAGUAAAGCGGAUCAAAAGUACUUCACGGCGCGAAAGGAUGGCGACCUGAAGUUCGAAGCGAUCCAGAAGCUACGCACCCAGAACGGCAAGAGUACGGAAAUCAUCUCGCAACUGAAAGAGGUAGAGGCCCAUAACCGAACACUCGUAACGAACCUAGAUAAACAACUUGCCGAUCUGAAGCAGACGAAUGCUUCGGUCAUGGCCGAAAAUAGGAAGCUUGAGACGUCGAGCACCGAGAUGUCGCGACGCUUCGACGCACUGAAGCAGCAAGUUACCGAGCUGGCGAAUUUGGCAAAGUCAAAAGACUCAACUACUGCGGUCGCUAAAGAGCGAGCUGCCACUUUGGAAUCCGACGUAGAGAAGCUGAAGGUGCGCCUCGAGUCUGUAUCGAAGGAUCGCGACAAGUGGAAGGUCAAGUGCUUGAGUAACUCUUCAGAGGAAGAGGAAAUGCUAAGAAGCAUGGCAACGUGUUCAAUCUGCAAAAAGGAUUUCAAGAACACAGUUUUACGAACUUGCGGACACAUUUUUUGCAGAGGAUGCAUUGACGAUAGAAUCUCUAACCGAAUGCGAAAGUGCCCCGCAUGUAGUAAAGCCUUCGACAAGUCAGACGCGAUGACCGUCCACCUAUAGUAGAAGCUGGUGGAAGCUCCGGGACCAUGAACGGGGGCGCAUUGUAAAGUAUCAUUAAGAGGAAACGGCGUUGUUACGUGUAAGAGUUGAUGUACAUACUACUAUUAUUUGCAGACGUGAGUUCUGCCUUGAGAGAGCUGAAGAGAGCAGUCUCGGUUUCAGUUCCGCAGAGGUUUAUUAGGUGUUUCGAGGAUUCGAACCCAACCUGUUUUGCCAAUGAAAGAUGAGGCUUUAGUUUGCGUCUGCACAAGGGGUUGGUGGCUCAUCGAGUGAAUAGCUUCACCUCUCACGUUUCGUGACGAGCUACAGCACAGGAUAGCGAGUGCAAGCAAAUAGAAG